AUGUGGGCUCGUAAUCAUUCAACUAAUGAUCGUACGGAAGUCGGUCAUAUAACGUCUCGUAUUAAUAUAUUCAGUUUCCCCAUCGACAUGACCGAACUGGACACAAAGGCACGAAAUAUUGUAAUGAGUCAACUUGUCCAACUACAACAUCUAAUAGCGAAAGAACGGGAAAAAGAUCGGGAAGAGUUGAUAGAUGCACGUAACGAAUUUCGGAGGAUCGAGCACAACAAGUGUUAG